UCUCAAGACAUCUCUCUCUCUCAUCCCCAUAUAUUAUCUCCUGCCCAUCACUUCUCCUUCGCACUCCACCGAUCAUCCAUUCAACCUUCCAGAACAUUUCCGACUCCCCACAAAGCUGCUGAUCAUCAUGAUCAACAUUACUGGCGUCCUCAAGAAGGGCGCACAGCCCCUUCCGUCCCCGCCCCUGGAUGAUCCUCACAUCGAGACCGUGCCCACUCCACUUGCCCCGCCUGCUACAGCCCACGCACUUGCCAUGCCUCCUACUCCUCCUCCAUCUUCAUCAUCUUCUACUCCUCCUCCUACUCCUCCUCUUCAGUCUGCUUUACCGCGCUCCAUCAUUGCCAAGCCCAAGGGACCCUGGAGUAAUAAUCGACACGCGGCAAGUCUCGACGAUCUCUUAAUCCCCAAGAAGAAGAAGAAGAAGGAGAGCGUCUCCUUCUCCCCCUUCGUGCUCUUUCGCGUCAUUGAGCGUCUUCCUGAGUGGGCCUCCUCAGAUGAUGCUUCUAAGGAGCACGUUGGCGAUAACGGACGCAUUGACCUCCAUCCUCUCAACUAUCACGCUUGGCCUCCAAGCCACAUCGAUGUCUGCAAAGAUCCCAAGUUCGCCCAUCGUCGCAAGGAGGCCUCGGACCGUAGAGACGAAGUGCGCAGGCUGCGCGAUUUCAAGAGGGCGGGAUUGCUCAAGAACGCGCAUUACCGUGGUUGCAAGGAAACGCGCCUGAACACGCGCAAGAACGCCAUCGUCACCUCCAUCAUGGUGGCCUUUCCCGGUGCUGAGGCAUACAAGCAUCCCCAUGGUUUCUCGGACAUCUUUUGGGCUGACCCCGACCAUGAUUCCCUCAACUGGUAUCACAAUCACAACGAUGACGGCGACGCUCCUACUCCCAGGUUCUAUCCAGUCGAGGACUUCUUCGCAGCGUCACCUCGCUACCUCGAACUCGCCGCCAAUGCCAACCUAGUGCCCUUUGCUCCUCCUCCCAUGUCCAGCUCCGACGACACCGACGAGAGCGAGGUAGAGGAUUUCGACGCUGUACUCGACGCACUCCUCCAGGCCACCACUCACCCUGGCGCCUCUGAACACGACUAUGAACCAGCGCCGCAGUCAACAUCGGAAGUCGCCGAGGAACGCAGCCUUUUUAAGACUGGGAAGAACUCCGCCCUCACCGUGGCGAACAACUCCACAUCGGACGAGCAGCCGGGCAAAGAGGCAAAGCUGAACAGAAAGGCAACGAUUUUCCACCGCAGCAAGACGAGAACUCAACGCCUGAAGAGGGUCAUCAUGGCCAGAAAUGUGGCCCCCAAGCUCUCCGGCUCAUCUUCAUCGCCGGUCUCCCCCGGGCCCAGCCGCCUGUCCUCCUCGGCGAUCACGAGGCCGCUCUCCACCGCAUCGCUUGUGGACUCGGCCUCGGCCUCGCCCGACCCGACCAUCCUUGCGUCUCCCUCGCCUCUGUCGCCGGCGUCCCCACUACUUUUCAGCGCCCCGCCACCAUCGCCCGUUGAGUAUUCCAUGGAUCCACCCCUCCUCCCGGCGAGCGAGCCUAGUUGGAGCACCUCAGCCUAGCCCCGACUAGCACCCGCAAACAAUUGCAUCUCAGUGUAUCUAUCCCAGCCCACACAUCACUGUCCACCGAUCCCUGCCCGCCUGUAACGAUUCGCAUGUCGCUUUAUACCUGCCGGACACCAACCUAACCUGUCCCGUCUCAAUACCAAUGCCACUCCUUUCCUCUGUACACGAAUAGAUGCAGCCUUAGC